AUGGCUUCCAAUGACCUUCCCCGCAUCCGAGCAUGUCUCUUUGACAUGGAUGGCCUGUUGAUUGACUCAGAGGACCUGUACACCGUGAUCACGAAUGAGAUCCUGCAGAAGUAUGGCAGGCCAUUGCUGCCCUGGUCAGUCAAGGCCCAGAUGCAGGGUCGUCCUGCACCCGAGGCCGGCAAGAUCUUCCAUGAUUUCGCCCAACUCCCCAUCUCAGAAGAGCAGCUGAACGAAGAGCGCUCCGCCCUCCAGCGGAAAUACUUCCCCAAGUCUCAGCCCCUGCCGGGUGUACGCACCCUCCUCUCAAAUUUGGCAUCGACAAAGUCAACCGAUGACCCCGUGUACAUCGCCCUGGCAACAUCAUCCCACAGCGGCAACUACAAACUGAAAACCGACCACCAGACAGAGCUGUUCUCCGUCUUCCCGGAAGCGAACAAGGUGCUCGGCGAUGACCCACGCAUCGGCAAGGGUCGCGGCAAGCCCCUGCCUGAUAUCUACCUGCUCGCGCUGGAGACUAUUAAUGAGGAGUUGCGUAGUCAGGGUAAGACGGAGAUUAAGCCGGAGGAGUGUCUUGUCUUUGAAGAUGCUGUUCCUGGUGUUGAGGCUGGUCGUCGGGCUGGUAUGCAGGUCGUUUGGUGCCCGCACCCUGGUCUUCUGGGGGCGUUUAAGGGUCGGGAAGAAGAGGUUCUUGCUGGUGCGACGGGUUCCCAUAAGGAGGAGGAGAAAGGCGAUGCUGAGAAGGAGGCUGAGCAGCUUCAGGCGUGGCGUUUGCAGGGUGCUGGUAAGCCUGGCACUAUUGGGGAUGGGUUUGGUCAGUUGUACUCGACGCUGGAGGACUUCCCAUACGAGAAGUAUGGGAUUCGGAUUCCUUGA